ACCUCAAUAUCGAUAUCACCAUUGCAGUUCUUCGUUUUAGUGCUUCUGAAGUGGAUUCGUUUAUUUAUUUUAAAGUUACACUUAAUAAUUAUUUUUUGUGUGAUUCAACGUCAGCUUGCGGGUCUCCGCUUUGCUUAUCCUAGCAUCUAAGUGUAUUCGGCCAAUUCCCGUUGUUCAAUUACCAACAUAACACCAAUACCUGUAGUAGAUGGUGCAGUUGUUUUAGCCUUAGGCGCCCAGGCUGACUAAGAUUCAGAUAAAAGUCAUAGCUCGGCUCAAAAAAUGCCCUUAAAAUUCUUGAAAAAGUGUCGCCAGUACAAUGUUACUUCUAAGAGUUUGUUUGUUAUUUCAGUGCAUCACCUGCUGGACACUUCCAGCACAGUAGACUGCACGAUCAGCUCGGAAAGUAAAGGACAGGAAUGCCUAGACAACGUUUGCCAGCGAUUGCUGAUACAGCAGCCGGAGUUUUUCGGAUUGCGCUUCCUUGUCAAGGGAAGGGAAAAGGAAGAGGAGUUUAAAUGGGUUGACCUAGAGCGCUCCCUCAGCCGGCAGUUAGAAAAGUAUGCGGCAGGACCAAAGAUCUAUUUGCGAGUGCGCCACUAUGUCACCACAGGAGUGCGCCACCUUACCGACGAGGCCACACGCUUUUACUACUUCCUACAGCUUAAAAGCGACAUACACGAAGGUCGAAUCGCUUGCGACAUCCGCACAGCCAUACUUCUGGCGCUCUACUGUCGUCAGGCGGAGUAUGACAGCUAUCACGGGGAUAAACAAAGCAAGGACUACCUGAAGAAAUCACUUGUCCUACCCCGCAAUAUGCAAGGCUUGGCGAAUGACGACAGUAUGCUAGACGGACUUAUCGUGGAGGUCCUGCAGCAACAUGCUGGCCUUGCACAUUUGGGUCAGAGCCAGGCAGAAGAGAUGUAUAUUCAGUGUUGCCAGCAGCUGGAUGGAUAUGGGGAAGAGCGCUUCGCCGCUAAGGACACACUCGGCAAUGAUCUGCUGCUGGGUCUGGCCAUUGAUGGGAUGGUGGUAAACGCGGAUAACGGGCGGCAGUAUUUUCCAUGGAAGGACUUCCACACUGUAACUAUCGACAAGAGAACGAUCAAGAUCGAGCAAAACAAGCUAGACGGCGGCGGCAGCAUCGUGGGAAGCUUUAUUUUCGCCGAAGCGGACACGUCGCGCUAUUUUUGGAAGCUCACAAUUAGCCAGCAUAAAUUCUUCAAGCGAUACAUUGACACUGGCACGCCAUCGAGCCAGGGCAGUGGUGCAGAAAUGGAAAGGACCGGUCCGAUGGGGGGCGAUAGCGUAGGUUACGUAGAGUACGACUGCUCUGAAGCGGCGUCUGCCGAGCAUUUGCGUCAGCAGCAGCAGAUGAUUUCGUCGAACAUUUCAUUGGCCACCAGCGCCAACCAAUUGUUGGGACAAAGCCUAGAUAUGAGCAACAACAACCUGCUCAGUAGCACAGGUAUGUUGAACAAUGGGAGCAACAGCAAGAACAACAAUAACUUUGAGGAGCGGGAACGUCUUAAGUCGAUGCUACCCACAUAUCGUCCUGCCCCGGACUAUGAGACGGCGGUGCAACUGAAGUACCGUACACCUUCGGCGGAGUUUCACAACAUGACUCUGACAUUGACCACGCCAAGUAAUGCAUACUAUGCGGGUUCGCAGCCGGAUGUUCACAAUCCGGGCUUGCACAAUGAUAACUUGCUAUAUAGUCAUCUGACUGCCCAUCGUUAUCCGGACGUAGCACAGCCAGCCGCUGCUCUACACCACCAUAUCAAUCUGUAUCAGCAACAGUCCCACCCACAGGCUAUGAGCACACCACAGACGUACCUGGAGUUAUCACAACGCAUGCUAUUGAUGCGUCACAAGGCUCCCCCGCCAUAUGUCAACCGCUUGAGUUCCUCCUCGACGCCCGACUUGGCCGUGGCCACUCCACGCCCGCUACAGGGCUACCGAAACUAUGUAAGCGGCUCAUCGCCAGAUUUAGUCUCCAACCGAACCCUCUUUAACGGCGGCCAGUUCGUUGCUCUGAAUGCUGGCGGACAUGCAAGCACCGUUCCCACAUCCUCCGGAGCAACAAUGCUCCACCAGCAUCUAAGCCAUAUGGGGCACUCGCAGCCCUACCUUCCGCCCCAUGGCACUUUUGAGAAUCUCAACAUGAUCGAGGAGCAGCCGUCCAUUAUGUCUCAACUGCGUCAGUCAGCGAUGAGCCAGGCAGCAGUUGGAACUGUAGGAGCGCUGAUCACUCAAAGUUCACCUACGCUUCCGCCGAGUGGUUAUCGCAGUUCUAUACCACCGCCUGCCAGCAGCCCGCUACCACCGCCAAUCAUUGCUUCGUCCCAUAAAACUGCCGCACCGUCGCCUCUUCAGAGGAGCAUGGUAAACGGGUCUAUCGAGCCCAUCUACGAGAAUGUCCCCCUUCCCCACCGAGCCUCGGGUGGUAGCAGUGGGACCACUUAUGUCGAUGCUAUGCGUCAGAGGGCAUCGUCGAUACAGUCCGCUCCUGGUGUUGUUCCUGUUGCGGCUACUCGACACGCUAGCUCAAACAACCUGGCCACUGCUACUGUAAAUUGCCAAGCUGACGAUGGAAACACAAUAAAGUACGGGGUGGACCGGGCAUUAAGUACAGAACUCUUAUUUCAUGAGCCGCAGGCUCCUAAGCGCACCAGAGCAGCAAGUGCCGCACCGGAUAUGGGAUCAGCACCUCCGCCACGGCAACAUGGACAGGGAUCCAAAGCCAGUCUGAAUAAGUCACCGAAGGCCGAAGUGAUCAUGUCGGCUGGAGACUCACUUCAGCAGCAGUUUAGUACUAUAAAUAUUUCUGCUAACACGUCUGCUUCUACCUCCUCCGUCUUAAACUCCACGCUUAAUACGACGUCCUCGUCGGCGGCCAGUAAGGAGUCAAAACGCAAAAAGCGGUGGAAUUUUUUGUCCCGUAGUAAAACUCCCGAAAAGCAGAAAUCUGCAACCCUAGGCAGGGAAAAUGCGCUGGCGACAGGUCCGCAUCCUAAGCUGGUCACGAAGCUUAAGCUGGCUCAAGAUGACCUUACUAUGCCACACCGGUGGUCCACCGGCGUCAGCAAACCCCUGCCCAUUUCCGGAAGAUAUUCCAAGGACCAACUGUGCCAAAUACUAGAUGACAAGCUUAGUGACUCGCAGCUGUUUUUGGAAUUCGAACGCAUACCGAAGCGUCGGGAAAAUGCAUUGUACGAGUGCGCCCUUCUAGAGGAAAACGAACCGAAGAAUCACGACCCCCACUUUUUACCCUAUGAUGACAAUAGAGUGCGACUGACGCCAUCGAUGGACAAUCGCCAUGGUUACGUUAAUGCCUCCUACAUAAAUGCCACUGUGGGUACAAAGCAGCUAUUUUACAUUGUUGCCCAAACUCCCCAAGAAUCGAUAACCAUGCGCAUUUUUUGGCAGUGUGUCUGGGAGGCGGAUGUAUAUUUGAUUGUUCAACUAACUGAGGAUAUGAGCUAUAUUCCACUUAGCAGUCAGCAGCGUCUAGAAUUUGGUCAGUUUCAAGUAUAUCAGGAAUUCUUACAAACGACAGAUAGAUGCACCACCAUUAAGUUGCGUCUUUACCAUGUAUUGUCGAGACGGUACCGUUCAGUCUGGUAUUUGCAGUAUGAUGACUGGGCAGAACAAAAUUGUCCCCGCGAUGUAAACCAUUUUCUGGACUUUCUUGAAGAACUUAACUCAGUUAGACUGGCAUCCACCCAAGAAGUACCCCCGGGUCACAACACAAACCCACCGGUGUUUCUCCACUGUUUGGAGGGAGGCGGUCGUUCUGGUGUAACACUGACUGCUGAUCUUCUGCUUUAUACUCUCGACCAUAACGAGGACCUAGAUAUACCUCGUGUUAUUGGUCAGCUUCGACAUCAGCGCGACAGUAUUAUACCAUCACUUGCACAAUACAAGUUUAUAUACAAUCUAUUGAUCACCUAUUUAAAGCGUACGAGGCUGAUUUAAGCGUGAACCUAAAGAUAGUGGAGAACUUUCCUAAAAUAACUGGUAUAAGCUAAGUUUUCUCCAAGAAGUCAUGACCUACUGUUGCUUACGAAAUUGUUACAUUUUAUAACAACUUGUUUUUAAGCUCUAAAUAGCUUACCUAUUUAUAAGAAUACGAUAUGUAAAGAAAUAUCGACAUGAUCGCAGUGUUUGUAAGCCAGUUAAGUAGAAAUUUAUGGCUGUAUCAAUAAAAUCCAAAAAUAAUA